GGUCUAUAAAUUAGUAUAAAAAUAAUAAACUAUAAGUAACUUAUAAACUAUUGAUUCUAGAGUCUAGACGUCACGAAAUCAUUAGAUUUAGAAUCAAAUCUAAAUCUACUCUAAGACAAAGGCUCUGACUCUAUCUACUAAUCUAGAUAUCAAGUUUUAGUUAGAUCUAGAUCUAAAUGAGAAACAAGCAGAUCUAAAGUUUACAUUACUUUAAAUCAUGGCAUCAAAGCGAGACUUGUAUCAUGUCGCAUCCAAUAAGUUGAACAAGCCAUCUCGUACUUCAUCUGCUGUUGCAGUUGGUACGAAGAAACGAAAGCCUCUUGCUCAAGGUAGACUCGAGAUGAAUGAAAUCAACAACCAACCAAGAUCUACUAGUCCACAGACUUCACCUUCUUCUCUUCCUUAUAUUGGUACUGAAUCACAUUCAGACUGUCACCUAGGUCUAGACCUGUCAGUACAAGAAGUAGAUCUAAAAGUUUCAGACACAGGACUGACAGAUGAAGUUGAUCCAAGUAUUAGUCCAAUCCGAUCUGUUCCGAAGCUGACAGAAGACAUGCCGCUUCAACCAGUGUCUUUGUCCAAAUGUUUAGACUUGUCGGAUUCAGAGGAAAGUGAGUCGUCACCACCUAAACCAGUGCUUGUUUGUGAUGCAUCCCAUUUGGGAGUCUCAUCCAGCGGGACUGAAGUUGAUGUUGUUAUUGGGUAUGAGCCCUCCCCAGUCAAAGUUGUCUGUCACACACCAGGAAAACAUGUUGCUAAGUCCUCUGCACUUACAAGCAGCCAUAAGCACCUUGUCAACGAUUCACCUACGCAGGAAUCGUAUUUAAAUGAAUCACUUAACUGUUCACUUUCCUCAUACAGGGAAUCGCCCCGCCGUACAACAGACAAAAGUGGAAAGCUAGCAUUUCUUAAACACCUGUCCACAUUUUCUGAACCACAAUCAGCUGAGUCUAUGGAUUAUACACCUUCCAAAGUUGGCGGUGUUGUCAGCACCUCUGCACAGAGUGAAGUGGACAGUGAGCCCUGUUCCUUAGAUGGAAAAUUUGGAGAUACUUUGGCUGCACAAAAAGAAAGUAUCAAAGGAAAAGCAGCUGAUAUAAAAAAAAUGAAGUCUAAAGAAUCUUCUAUAGAAGGCCAAAGCAAGCUUAAAAAGGGGAAGACUACUAGAGUUGUCCAAUCACGAUACAUGCAGGCUGCUGUAAAUAAAACACUAAAUCUGUCUAAAAAUGUUCUUGGAUCAUCUAAAGAAUCAUCAGGACACCAGAAACCACAUAAUAUCAAGUCAUCUAGGAGUGAAAAACAAAAUUCUCAAAAAAUGGCAACCUCUUCUCAAUCCAAUGUGGAUCGCAAAACAUCUACGCCUACAUUUGAUGAAAAAUCACACUACUUGGAUGACAUCUCUGCCAUUCAGUCAGCAUCGACAAUGUCUUUCUGCCUCGGCACCACAGCCACCUCUCACCAGCAAGAGCUACUGCCUGUCAACCCACCAAAACCUUCAAACUCAAAGCAGCAGCCUCUCCCCAAGAUCAAAGCAGCCUUAAAACCUACGAAGUCAUCAGUUAGUAAAUCAAAGCAGGAAUCUACUGCUUUGGCAUUGGACUUUGAGUAUACAAAAUAUAUACAAUGGGCUUUUCUUAACCUCAAGGCUAAGAGAGCUCUAGCUGAACAAGAUGCAGCUGCAAAGUCUCAACUGAAUGAACUCUGGCAGCUACUAGAGUGGCAGCGACAGGAACUGGCCCAAUCCCAGGCUGAAGUAAAACACCUAAAACGCACUCUUCUUGUUGAGGAGAUUCUAGAAAAAAGCGAGUCUGCUUUAAACACUGCUGUAUCAUCUUUCCCACUCAAAGACUACACAACGUUAGGUGCUGCUCUAGAUACCACAUUGCACCAGCUGCCAGUCAAAGAUAUUAUAGUCCCACAUUCUGACCUGGAGAGGCAGAAACUGGACCAAGAGAUGAUUGCUAUUUUAAGCAAAUCUAAUCAGCUUCUGGAAGAAAUACAAAGUGUAGCUCAAAUGGAGUCUUCUAAACUGGACCACUAUGCUGAAAAUUUGAAAACCAUCGACAGCUGUUAUGCAGAGACAUGCUCAGAAUUGCAAGAUUUUCAUCAAGAUUUGAACAAAGUGCAGAGUUUGACCACAGAAAUGACCUCAUUAUUUAUCCAAGAUAUGCAGGAUUGUGAGGAAAAGAUAGUGGACAUCUAGAUUGUUUUUUUUUCCAUUGACUCUUUUUUCUGGUUAUUAGACACCUGACCAAUGCUCUGUUUACUGUUAGAGUACUCUUGACCAUUUUGUUUGUGAUAACAUGUUGUUUUCUUCACAUUUCAUAUUGAUUUCUUAUUUAUAUUGUAUAAUGUUACCAUUACAGUUUGUUACGGGACAUACAUUUUCUUCAUGUUUAAGUUAUACGUUUCACAAUAAUUGAACAAAAGACUUUUUUUUUUUUGUAAUAUAGUAUGUUUAUAACGAGGAUAUUUUGUGCCUUAUUUGGAGAGUGGAAAAAAAUUAUGGAUGUAAUAAUAAUGUUUUCGUGACGUCUACUCUUCAUUCACCCACACGAUAAAGAGAACCUACUGUCACCAUCAGCCUGUUGUACAAAUGUCCAGAUCUGUGCACACCGCUAAGGCCUCCUCCACAACAUAGGCAGCUCAAUGAAGAGACUGAAUUCAUUGUUAACUCUUUCUCUUCGUAAUUAUUUACCACAUUCUAGUGGAAUCAUCGUCAGUUAGGAGAGAAAGAGUUAAGCAACUAAUGGCAACUAAGUUUAUUAAUAAACUGAAAGCCUUUUAUUAUAGAUUGUGAGUCUUAUGUUUUUAACCCAUUACUCAUAAGCAAUAAGAAGCUCU